GUAAAAUUAAUUAAGACUCCCAUCGCCCGCCAAACGCGCCCAAUCCCUUAUAUUAUAGCAGCCAUAUUCGUUCUCUGAUAGAUUCAUGAUUUGUUUUCUUCUCUCUGAAACCCGCUGCUGCAUCCCUUAACCCUAGCCUAAUCACCAUGGAAGCAGCAGCACCUUCUUCAGCCGGAACCAGUGAACGCACCCUUACCCGAAGGCCCUCAGUCUCUUCCUCCUUUCGCCUCCGCAGCCCGAGUCUUAAUUCUCUCCGCCUCCUCCGCAUCUUUGAUGUUUUCGACAAGAACCGCGACGGCAUGGUCAGCGUCGAAGAGAUCAGCCAGGCCCUAGGACUCCUCGGCCUGGACGUCGAAGUUUCCGAGCUGGAGCGCACCAUCCGGACCUUCAUCCAGCCCGGAAACGAAGGCCUCAAGUUCGAGGAUUUCGUAGGGCUCCACCAGUCCCUUUACGAUACAUUCUUCUUCGACGGUGAUGACAUUGGAAAUGCUGUGGAAGAGGCGGCGGCCGCGGUGGUGGCAGCGCGGGAUGAGGAGGAGGCAAAGAAGUUGCAGGAGGAAUCGGAUCUAAGGGAGGCGUUCAAGGUGUUUGAUGAAGAUGGAGAUGGGUACAUAUCGGCAAAGGAGCUGCAGACGGUGCUUGGGAAGCUAGGGUUUCCGGAAGGGAAUGAGAUUGAUAGAGUGGAGAAGAUGAUUACUUCCGUUGACCGGAACCACGACGGCCUCGUUGACUUGUUCGAAUUUAAGCACAUGAUGCGCAGUACCCUUCUUGUUCCUUCCUCUUGAUUCUAGCUGCUAACUUCUUAAUCACAUCCAUUCCGAUCCAUACUGAUUGAUCGAUCUAUAUAUUAUAUAUGCAUGUCAUUUUUCGAUCUUUUUGUUAGUGACAGUGUGUAUUUAAUUGUCAAUUUGUAAUGGAAAUAAGUAAUGUGAACAUUUGUUUCUCCA